CUGGACGCCGAGCCCGAGCGCGCCGGCAGCUUCGUGGAGAUGAUCGACAACCUGCGGGGCAAGUCCGGGCAGGGGUACUACGUGGAGAUGACGGUGGGCAGCCCCCCGCAGAAGCUGAACAUCCUGGUGGACACAGGGAGCAGUAACUUUGCCGUGGGAGCUGCGCCACACCCCUUCCUCCGGAGAUACUACCAGCGGCAGCUGUCCAGCACCUACCGCGACCUGCGGAAGGGGGUGUACGUGCCCUACACCCAGGGCAAGUGGGAAGGGGAGCUGGGCACUGACCUGGUCACCAUCCCCCACGGCCCCAACGUCACUGUCAGAGCCAACAUUGCUGCCAUCACGGAGUCAGACAAAUUCUUCAUCAAUGGCUCCAACUGGGAAGGGAUCCUGGGGCUGGCGUACGCCGAGAUUGCCCGGCCUGACGACAGCCUGGAGCCCUUCUUUGACUCCCUGGUGAAGCAGACACGGGUGCCCAACAUCUUCUCCCUGCAGCUGUGUGGGACGGGCUUCUCUCCCAACGAGACGGAGGCCGUGGCCUCGGUGGGAGGCAGCAUGAUCAUCGGUGGCAUCGACCGCUCGCUGUACGUGGGGGACAUCUGGUACACCCCCAUCCGCAAGGAGUGGUACUACGAGGUCAUCAUUGUCAAGCUGGAGGUCAAUGGUCAGGACCUGAACAUGGACUGCAAAGAGUACAACUACGACAAGAGCAUCGUGGACAGCGGGACCACCAACCUCAGGCUGCCGAAGAAGGUGUUUGAGGCUGCAGUGAAAUCCAUCAAAACAGCUUCUUCGACGGAGAAGUUCCCGGAUGGUUUCUGGCUGGGGGAGCAGCUGGUUUGCUGGCAGGUCGGCACCACCCCCUGGCACAUCUUCCCAGUCCUGUCCCUCUACCUGAUGGGGGAGGCCACCAACCAGUCCUUCCGGAUCACCAUCCUGCCCCAGCAAUAUCUGCGCCCGGUGGAGGACGUGGCCACCUCUCAGGACGACUGCUACAAGUUUGCCAUCUCCCAGUCCUCCACUGGCACCGUCAUGGGCGCCGUGAUCAUGGAGGGCUUCUACGUGGUCUUCGACCGAGCCCGCAAGCGCAUCGGCUUCGCUGUCAGCGCCUGCCACGCAGUGCACGACGAGUUCCGGACGGCGGCGGUGGACGGGCCCCACCUGCACUCCAACAUGGAGGACUGCGGCUACAACAUCCCGCAGACGGACGAGUCCACCCUGAUGACCAUCGCCUACGUCAUGGCGGCCAUCUGCGCCCUCUUCAUGCUGCCCCUCUGCCUCAUGGUGUUCCAGUGGCGCUGCUUCCGCUGCCUGCGCCGGGACCACGACGACUUUGCCGACGACAUCUCCCUGCUGAAGUGACGGCGGAGCGCGGGGCCGCAGGUGAGGUGGCGGGGCAGGGGCCUGGCUCCGGGGGCAGGACAGCAGCAUGGAGAGCUCAGACCCUCUGCCCAGGACUUGGGGGCUCGGUGUGUGUCAGGGCUGGCAGCCGGGAGCGGCUGUGGGAGCCCCAGGUCUGGGCUCUGUUCGUCUGGGACCCGCAGCAGGAGCGUGGCAGAGGGGGAGAGUGCAGCAACCCUGUCCUGGGGGCUGGGGACAGGCUGUCUCAAGCUCUCCUGCCUGUCCCUGCCUGGCUUGACCGAGUGACACUGAUGAGCCAUCCCCUGCCUGUCCCUUUCCAUCCCUUUGCAUCCCUUCUCUGCUCACCCCCCCAGGAAGCCGCUGGCCCAGGCUCUCUGUGCAGGGAGCUGCACGCACGUGCCCUGUGGCUGUGCCUUCCCCGUGGCUCCCUGCACUGAGCUGGACUCUGGGGAUCAUCCCAGAGCCUCCCCAAAGGGCCAGCCUGGGGCUGCCCGGACACAUCUUUCCCUCCCACCCUCCUGCUCCCCCAUACAUGGCUCACCCCUGUACACUGCUCACUCUGGCAUUUCCCUGCCCUCCUAAACUGCCCCUCGCUGCUGCCAGCCCCAGGACUCCCUGUGCCCACCCUGCCCUCCUAACACAGGCAGGAGCAGCCACUCAUCCUCUCCCAGGACUGGCAGGAGCAGGCACUCACCCUCUCCCCACUCCCUGCAGGAUGGGCAACUCCCUGCCCUCCCUUCCAGCAUCAGCAGCGGCUGCCACAGAGGAGCCAGUGCCGGAAGAGAACCAAGUUCCCGACCCUGGCACCGGCUGCUCCCCAGCCCACCCACCCCUUCAAAAGCCAUAGGGGAGCCUGGGCCCCCCCUGCAGCCCCCCCGGCCUCACCUCCAGCACGUCCCACGUCGGGGCACGGCGGCUCCUCUCCGCUCACUCCACGUGUCCAGGCCCCGGCUGUGGGACACCCUGGCAGCCUGGGGACAGGCAGCAGCUGUGGGGACUGCAGCAUUUAUUAUUUUUUAAACACAUGGUUGUAUUUAUUUCAUUUUUUUUUUACGAAGCGAGUCACUGGUGGCGCAGUCGGAGCGUGUACAUAGCAGGUCCCACCCGUGCGGGUGUGCAGACAACAGCCGCCUCUCACCUGUACAAUAUACCCAUAUAUCUCUAUUUUUAAUUCUAGCCCUGGAAGCCACUGUUCCAAACCCAACAUUAGGGGUCGGUCCUGUUUUGUUUUCAGGUUUUUUUAAAUCUUUUUAGCCCUCUGCUCAGUCCUUGGGCCAUGACCACCACCCGUGGCACCGCAGUGAUGUGCUCGGUGGGAGCACGUGAUGGUGAGGGGGUUUGAGGAGGAGGUGCAGGAGGAAGGCCGGGCUGGAGCACACAGGGCAGUGGCUCACAAGCCGAAAGGACACUGAGCACUUUUGUCCUCGUGGUGUUCCUGCAGCACAGGGAGGAUUUUCCGGUGUGUGAGGACAACCCUCCUCCCCUCCUCCCCGUGCUGCAGGAUCACCGUCCCUUCCCCAGGGCAGACACCUGUGACCUUGCAGCAGUGGUAGUGCUGUAUUCCCUUGCUUCUCUGCCUCCAGCCCGGAUAGGAAAGUGCUUAAACUCCGAGAUUCCACAGUUAAAAGGCAUUGCAAAGAGGGCCUACCUGCAGUGCCAGGGCCGAGCUGGCAACUGCCCCACGGAGCCACGUGCAGGAGCGGAGUGACCAGGUCAGGCGGGGACAGGCUGAGGGACCGCAGCAAUCGCCGAGUGUAAAGCUUGUUAACUAAAUCCUGCAGAUAAACAUUUCUUUGGAAAAGCAGCGAGGGAGCCAGGAAACACACGCAGUGUAGGAGGAAGCCAGCCCUCGCACGGGCACCGCCACAACAGCCCCCACACUGUCCCACCUCACUCCCAGUGCGCUCACACAGCACCCGCCCCCCACCCACCCCAUCCCUGCUCCAAAACUGCAUCCAGCCACUCCACGCAAGAGGGCAACGUUCUCUCCCCCACCCUCGUGCCUGCCCAGGACCCCCAGGACCCCAGAGACUCUGUUGUGGACCACUGCCUUAAAACACGCUGCCGGCGUGUGCGUGCGCGGAGAAGGAUCUGCGGCCGAGCUCAGGUGCUGCACCAGGGGGGCUCCCCUGCCCACCCCGAGGCAGAGGGGCCUCCAGCAGCGCCGAAUUCCUGCUGCAGACUGCAAAGUAGGGGGGGAAAAAAAAUUUUUAGAGAGUCAGUGCAAGAUUUUCAGUGGUGCUGAGCACCUCGUAAUCCCACCGGAAUCCAUGGAGAAAGGGUUGGUGCCUCAGCCCGUGCUUUAGGAGAAAGUAGAGGAGAGGGGAAGCCAGGAAUUGUGACAGGUUGGUUUAUCCUGAGCUGCAGCGCAGCCGUGUCCGUCCACUCCCUCCCCAGGGCCCGGUGACAGCAGGGGAUGGGACAGGAUGGGACCAGGGGCUGUCGCUGGAGGCUCCAGUACUCUGUAACCCAGUGUCUAUGUAAGAACAAUGAAUGUUAACACGGUAAAUUAUUAUGACAUUAAAAAAGACCACAAAAAAAAAAA